AUGACGUUUCCUGCACUGGACGUUUAUCCAGCCAACCAUCUGGCACGUGCCAACCGCCCACCCGACUUUCACCUGAAAAUUCACCUGCAGGUGGUUCUCUGUUUCAACGCGGUGCUCAGGAGAUACGGCCUGCCACCCUGCUUCCACUUCCUCAUCGCAGGGGGGCUACCGGCCCUACUCAAGGCACAGGAGGGAGCAGAGGACAACCAAGAAGCAGCAGUGGCGGCUCUGAGACGAGUGGAGGCGAGAGGCAACCCGUGGGGGAAGCCGUGUGGGCGAGUGCUCUAUAUUGGCAUCAGUUGUGGCCUCAGCGCUCCCUAUGUGGCAGCACAAGUCAAGUACGCCCUCUCUCAGUCACAUUACGCUGUUGCUGUCAUGGGCUUUAACCCGCCCUCUCUCGCGCCAAACACGAAGGGCGCUCCAGGAGUGACCUUCCCGUCCGUGCUUUCAGAAAUGAGGGCUCGCAUUGAUGCUGCUGAAGCAGAGGGGGAGGUCCCAAGGCACUUCAUCCUCUCUCCUGCUGUCGGCCCGGAGACCAUAACAGGGUCCACGAGGCUCAAGGGCGGCAGUGCCACUAAGGUCCUUCUGGAGACCAUCUUCAGCCGGGCCAUCGCCAGAGUGCUGCGCCUGCCCGCCCUUGGCAGCUAUGCAGGAGUGCCCCUCUUGCUCAUCAACCCUCUCGCAGAUUCCCCCCUCCCCUUCCCCCUGUUCCCCCCAUAUCAGAUGCAGGAGUACCACUCCUACUCAUCAACCCUCUACUGGAGCUCACUCCCCAAGAUACCAAGUGGCAGAAAUGAUAUGCCUUCGCUCGCCUCUUCCAUCGCUCCAUCAGCACUUGCCCUCACCCGUCUCUUCCAUCGAUCCAUCAGCACUGGCGGCCGGGUCAUGUACAUUGGGGAUGACUCCCUCGGUCUCGUUGGCUUGAUAGACGCAUCAGAGCAAAUACCCACCUUUGGGGCACGGCCAGGCUCGUUCCAAGGCUUCCUCACUUCCACGUGGCAUCGCCUGAUUCGUCCGUUGAACCAGCACACAGUGGACCCAUUGGGUUCAUCUGCUCCUAAGAGCAGCAGCAUCAGCACCAGCACCAGCAGCAGUGGUGGUGUUGGCAGUAGUAAUGGCAACAGCGCUAGCCGAGGCGGUGGCAGAAACAGCAGGAGUAGCAGCAGUGGCAGCAGGAGAAGCAAGGCAGGUGCUAGGGAAGGUCAAAACGAGAAAAGCAGCAGCAGACGGACACGAACAGCAGAUGCAGUAGCAGGGAAGAGGAGCAGCAGGGGCAGUGAAGCAAGCACUAGCAGGAGCAGAAGCACAAGGUCUUGGUUCUUUUCCUUUAGAGCUACUACUUCUGCUGCUGAAGCUGCUGCUACUGCGUCCCACUCACCCUCUCGCCAAUCCACGCCAGAGCCACUCAAGUCCAUCAGCACAGACUACUUUCUAACCAAGGUCCUCCCAACAACAAGUGCCAACGACACAGUUCUCCUGUUAGAGUCACACGUGCUACAGCCACAGCUGUUCCCUCUCCCGCUCCUCACCGCCCUCCACACACGAGCCAAGCAGGGGCUGCUGUCCCUCGCUUUGCUAAGUGUCGGUGUGGCACCGCACGAUCGGCUCUUAAUGGUGUAUGAUGAUGAGGAUGGCGUGGAGGAGGGGAAGGAGAGGGAGGACGAGAGUGAAGGGGAGGAGAGUGAGGAGGAAGAGAGUGGGGAAGAGGAGGGGGGGGAGGGAAGAGAGGAGGAUGAGGAGGGAGAGGAAGGGGGGGAUGAGCAAGAGGAGGGCAGAACACGAGGGCAGGGGGCGGAAGGGGAGGAGGAGGGAGAGGUGGAUGAAGAGGAGGAAGGAGGAAGCAGUGAUUCAGGGGUGCUGGUGGGGAGGGAGUUAGGAGAGGAGGAGAGAUUGGGUGUAGCUAAGGAGGAGAGAGAGGGUGAAUCUGGGGACAGGAAUGAGGAGGGGGACGAGGAGGGGAGUGAGGAGGGGAGUGAGUGGGAGUCAGUGGAUGGGGACGAAACAGAGCAUUUGCUUCACAGUAGUAUCGUCACAGGAAAAGCAUCUGAGUCAACUCAGAAGCCUCCUGGUGUUGCAGCAGCAGCAGCAGCAGCAGCAGAAGCCGAGGCGGAAGCUGUAGCAACAGCAGAGGAUGUAGCAGAAAGGGAGCCAGGUGUUGAUGCAGCGGCUGAAGCAGUAGCAGUGAAAUUAGCACUUAACGUUGCUAGUAGCGGGGCGCAUGUGCUUUUAGGCAAAGUGUACAGUAACCGCAUGGUGGACCUUAGAGUGAGUAACGAGAAGCUCUUUAAGAGAGCGGUGAGAGUGGUGGGGGAGCUGGCAGGUGUUGGGGAGGAUGAGGUGGAGAGGUGUGUGAGGAGGGCGAUAGUGAUUGCUGAAAGGGAAGAGGGGAUGGAGGGGAGGGAGGGAGAGGUGAAGGGAGAAAUAGGGGAUGAUGAUGGGGGUAGCUUGGGAAGGACGGUUGAGGAGAUGGUGAGGGUUGGGGCGAAGCUGGAAAGAAUAGUGCCGACUGCGAUUCUGCUGGCAGCUGGGUGCUUUGAUGAUGAAGAGAGCGCUAGAGAUGCAGCACUCAGCAACAGGCAUCCUUUGCUUGGAUCGGUUAACUUAACAGGUUUUGGGACACUUCAAUGA